GAAGAAGGGAGGGAGAUUCCUUGUCACUCGUCCAAGAUGGCUGCAUCCAUAGCGCGGCGUUUGUGGCCUUGGGUGGCUGGUCGGGGGCUCCGGCUCGGGGGUGCCUGCGCUCACAGCCAGAGCCAAAGGAGAAGUUUCGCUACGGAAAGACAGGACCGCAACCUCCUGUACGAACACGCGCGCGAGGGCUACAGCGCGCUCCCUCAGCUGGACAUGGAACCACUGUGCGCAUGCCCGGAAGAGGCCGCGCGCGCCCUGGAGCUCCGCAAGGGGGCGCUGCAGCCGGACGACCUGCCCGCGAUCAUUGCAACAUGGCAGGAGCUGAGGCAGCUGCGGGAGCAGAUCCGGAGCCUAGAGGAGGAGAAGGGGGCCGUGGCUGAGGCAGUGCGGGACUUGCUGAAUGGGGAUCACAUUGAUGCCAUCACUGGAGUGGGUUGUGAAGAAGCAGGAUCAUGUGAGAGCCCUCCACACAGCCAGGUAAACCAGGACGGCAGUCAUGUACAGCAGGAUCCCCAAUAUCAGCGUCUGCGCACACGUGGCCGGGAGAUCCGGAAGCAGCUCACGCAGCUGUACCCCAAGGAGACCCAGCUCGAGGAGCAGUUCUACCUGCGGGCCCUGAGGCUGCCCAACUGCACGCACCCCGAGGUGCCAGUCGGGGACGAGAGCCAGGCCCGAGUGCUCCGCGUGGUCGGCAACAAGCCAGCUUUCUCCUUCCAACCCCGGGGCCACCUGGAAAUCGCUGAGAAACUCGACAUCAUCCGUCAGAAGCGCCUGUCCCAUGUGUCUGGCCACCGCUCCUAUUACCUGCGCGGGGCCGGGGCCCUCCUGCAACACGGCCUGGUCAACUUCACACUCAACAAGCUUGUCCACAGGGGCUUCACCCCCAUGACAGUGCCGGACCUUCUCCGAGGAGCUGUGUUUGAAGGCUGUGGGAUGACACCAAACGCCAACCCAUCCCAAAUUUACAACAUCGACCCCUCCCGUUUUGAAGACCUCAACCUGGCGGGGACAGCGGAGGUGGGGCUUGCCGGCUACUUCAUGGACCACUCCGUGGCCUUCAGGGACCUGCCCAUCAGGAUGGUUUGUUCUAGUACCUGCUACAGAACGGAGACACACAAGGGGAAGGAGCCGCGGGGGCUGUAUCGAGUCCACCACUUCACCAAGGUGGAGAUGUUCGGGGUGACGGGCCCUGGGCUGGAGCAGAGCUCGCGGCUGCUGGAGGAGUUCUUGUCCCUUCAGGUGGAGAUCUUGACGGAGCUGGGCUUGCACUUCAGAGUCCUGGACAUGCCCACCCAGGAACUGGGCCUUCCCGCCUACCGCAAGUUUGACAUUGAGGCCUGGAUGCCAGGCCGUGGCUGCUUUGGUGAAGUCACCAGUGCUUCCAACUGCACGGACUUCCAGAGCCGCCGGCUGCACAUCAUGUUCCACACAGAGGCCGGAGACUUGCAGUUUGCACACACAGUGAAUGCCACAGCCUGCGCUGUCCCUCGCCUCCUCAUUGCCCUCCUAGAGAGCAAUCAGCAAAAGGACGGCUCAGUCCUCGUGCCCCCUGCCCUCCAGCCCUACCUCGGCACCGAUCGGAUCACUGCCCCCACCCACGUUCCUCUCCAAUACAUCGGCCCCAACCAGCCCCAGAAGCCCAGGCCUCCGGGCCAGCCAGCCCUGAGCUGAGACUGAGCAGCAGCGGCCAGCAAGGAUUUCACUGCUUCCUGGGGCUCAGGGAGCCCUGUACACGUGGGGCUUGUUUUCUUGAGCACAUCUUGGCCAUAUGCAUUCCUCUGUCAGCUCCAUGCCUGCGCCCCUGGGCCCCAGGGUCCACCUUUCUUACUUCUUCAGAAUCAGUGAGUGAUGUUGUUGUCACUGAGGUCCCAACCUGCACUGGAAAGUAGGACAUCUGGGGACUUGGAGAGCAUAGGGAUGGGGGGAAGGAGGGGAAGAGGCCGCCAUCCCUCUCUCCCUCAGUGCUUCACAGAAAGUCCCCAAUAAAUGGUAAGAACAAAGGCCUUUGUAGAUCUGUGAGCAAGGGCCGUGGGCCUGGCCAACUUGCAGGGGAUGCUGGAAAUUGGUCAGAGAAGCUAAAUCAUCAGAAAGUCUGUGGCUGCAGGGACCACGGCUGGAAGGAGCCAGCAGCCCCCACAGCACACGGCGAGGAGUUUGGGGGCUGCUGGGGAACGGAGAGGGGGAUGCUGGGGCCUCUCCCUUUACUCUGAGACAAGUGGUAGCUGGUGCUGACCUCAGCAUUAGCUCCCCCCUCGGUCCCCAGCUGCAGGUAGGGGUCCAGGUGGCCGCGCAAACUCAGUGAAGCUAGAAUUCGCUCCUCCCACGUAGGAGUGCUCAGCUCAGCACCUGGGGCUGUUUUUCCAGCUCGUCAGGCCACAGCCCCUGCGGCAUCCUCGACUCUUCUACCACAUCCACAUCCAGUUCUUCAGACUCUAGUAGCUCCUCCAAAGUAUUUCCAGAACCUGCCCUUGGCUGUCUUGCCCUGGGCCCCUCGCUGCUCCCAUCCAUCGUCGAGUCCCAACAUCCUCUUCACUGCCUCCUUGCCUCCACUCAAAGGCAGAGGGAUCCUGUGGACAUCUGUGCCAGGUCACAGCCCUCCCCUGCUCGGAGACCUCCUGCAGCCCCACCUCACUCUGGAGAGUCACCACUGUGGCCCACAAGGCCCCACACGAUCUGCCUCCCUGCCCCUUUCAACUCACCUCUCGUCUGUCCUGCUCCAGCCGCCCAGGACCCUCUGUGCUGUCCCAGCUUCACACAUCCAUUCCUGACUCGGGCCUGUGCACCUGCUCCUCCCCUAGAUCUCAUGAUGGCCUCCAUUUGAUCACUCAGGUCUUAGCCCAAACAUCACGUCCUCAGAGAGGACCUCCCUGAACACCCUGCUUUCCCAGUAAAGUAAAAACCCCAGCACAAAGUAUCACGUGGUGCACCACAAGCCUGCCUCCUCCCUUGUAUAACGUGUAUUUGUGUAUUAUCUGCCAACCCCCUUCUCAAAUGUCCGCUCCAAAAGGGCAGGGAGUUAUUCCGCAGCUGUACCUCCAGGAUCUGGAAGAGAGCAGGUACUUGGUGAAAUUCCUGGCGCCAAGGGGCUCAGAACUGCGCAGCUCCCCGUGCAGGCUCUGCCUCAGUUCACGCAGAUGUGUAUUUAAUCCCCAGCUCCCGGUGCAGGCUGUGCCUCAGCUUCUAGUCACCUAAUCCUCACUGGCAAGCCUCACCUGUGGAGUGGGCCAGGGUGAGUAGGCUGUUCCACAGAUGAGAAAACUGUUCUUAGACUAAGCAGUUGUCCCAGGGCUGCAUGGCUGGGACUCAGAUUCAGGCAGAGCCCAACCACUCCCUUUGAGGAGGUAGGUUUAUGAGACCCAUUUUCCAGAUGGGAAAACUGAAGCCAAGGAAGGGAAGAAAUUGCCUGAGGUUGGUCUGUAAGUGGCUGCCUCUGGUUUCGAACCCAGGUCUGCCUCCCUGUGCAGCCUCAAGCUCACUGGACCUUGUUUCUGUGCGGAAACCCUCCAUCCUUGCUGAUGCUCAGGCCCGGGAGCUGGAGGGAGCGGGUGCAGGGUGUGGGCCCCCAUGAAUAAUUGAGAGUCUCAGGCAGUUGUCCGCCCUGCAGCUGUCACCUGGCUAAGAGCAGGGAGGGGGCCGUGGUUACAUCACUUCCCUAUGGGGCCAGGGAGCAGGUUAUAAAGAGCUGCUGCCCAAGCCACACAACACUGAGUACCCUGGCACAGACGCCCCACCAUGCAACACCAUGGGCCCGCCUCACUUCUGCUGCCCCUGCUCCUGGCUCUGCUAUUGGGGGCAGCACCUGCUGCUCCCUCGGUGCCCAGACCCUCCAAGGAGGAGAGAUGUGUGAGACAGAGCCCUACAGCUGUGCGUCCACCAAGGAGAAAGGCCUACUGCUUGGAGAUUUCCAGAAGCGAGAGCCCGGGAAGGCAAGGUCCAGCUAAGAGGUGAGGGAGGAGGAAGAGGAAGAGGCAGCAGAGAGAACCCACAUGUCCGAGGUGUGGGAGCAGGCCACCCACGAGCAACCCCACAGCCGACACCGCCAGGAGGAGGAGGCAAAGAAGAAGAGGGCGCCUGUGGAUAUCUUUGAGGGCCUGUGGAAGUGGCAUCUGGAGGGGGGAAGGGGGCCCCAGAAGCGAGUGGCAGAGCAGGCCAGUGAUGAGAUGGCCCAGUUUGAGGUGAAGGGCGUGCAGGUGCUCGGCAAGGGCCACAGCCUGUGGCAGGGGGCCGAGGCAGGUCGGGGAGAGAGGCACAAGGACUCCCCGCACCACCAGCAUCCCCAGCAGCCGGAAGCUGAGCCCAAGCAGGAGGAGAAGGAAGAGGCCUCGGAGAGGGAGGGGAGUGGGAGAGGCCGCAGGGGAGUGGGGCAGUCCAGAUGUCAGUGGGAUUCUACCAAACAACUACCAGUGUUGGGCAAUAAACAGCAAGACCCACCACAGCUGGGUCAGGGUGACCAGGACUGACACCAGGACAGGUAGCAACAUCUAAGCAAAGCCUCCACUUGACCAAGACAGCUUCCACAGUGAGAGGACGGGGGCCCAGAUGGCCACCACUGCUGCAUAGGCGUGUCUGGGUCAGCCACUGCUGCAGUUCACACCGAGCAAAGUGGCUAUGUGGAGCAUGAUCUGGAGCGGCUGGAGCACAUGAGAGAGGAGCUGAAGAAGGCCACGGAAAUACUGGAGGAGGAGAUUCGAAGGGAGGGCUGAGUCCUGACCUCCUGUCCUUCCUGACACACCCAGAGCUCAGAACUGCUGCCCCCAAAGCCCCCUAGCACCCCGCUCCACUCCCACGCUGCAGGGGUCGGGAGAAGGGAACCAGGCCUGAGGGGCCAAGCCCGAGCUGGGUACAGAGGCUGGGCUCGGCCUGACCCAGGAAACACCGACAGACUCAUGCAGCCCACCCCAACCCUUCCGAGUGAAUAAAGCAGAAAGAAAACCA